AUGCCUCGAAUAAACAUUCCUCCCGUUACUCGGGCUUUCCUGACCGGAGUCUGUUCCCUUUCCCUUCUUUAUGGCGUUGCUCGAUGGCAGCAGUACGGUCCCGUUCAAGGUUCCGCCCCGAUCGCAUAUCUCUCGCUUGUACCAGCCCGAUUCCUAUUAUAUCCGUGGACACUCUUAUGCGCGACUUUCGUGGAACGAAACAUUUUCACGGUGAUCACGACCGGAGCGACAAUAUUCUAUGGUGGAAAAUACCUGGAGCGUGCCUGGGGUUCAAUGGAAUUUGGUAAAUUUCUUCUCGUUAUCGCCCUAUUGUCGAAUACGAUCACGACCCUUCUUUAUAUUAUUGUUGCUGCUAUCGUGGGUAACUCGGCCAUCGCCGAAAAAGGAAUAUGCGGUGGAGUAGCGAUCCAAGCUGGUUUCCUAGUUGCCUUCAAGCAGCUGGUCCCCGAACAUACUGUCACUUUGCUUCAAGGAGUUGUCAAGAUGCGCGUGAAGCAUUUCCCUGCCAUUUUCCUUGCGCUGAAUGCCAUCGGAGCGAUGGUCUUGGGAAUGGAUACUACUUUCAAUCUGAGCUGGCUUGGGUUUCUAAUUGGCUGGAGUUAUCUUCGGUUCUACAAGAGACAGCCAGACCUCUCCGGAACCUCUACACAAAGUCUCGGCAUCAAAGGUGAUGCUAGUGAGACAUUUGCGUUUGCCUGUUUUUUCCCGGACGUGAUCCAACCACCAAUCACGUUUAUUUCAGACAGAAUAUAUUCGAUUCUCGUAGCACUUCGUGUAUGCACGCCUUUCUCAGCGGAGGACAUUGCCUCUGGGAACCAACAGGCCAUUGCGCGAGGUGAAGCUGGUCUUCCGAGUCUUUUAAACCCGACUGGACGAGCAGAUGUGCGGUCAAUGGGUAAAAGAGAAGAGGCAGAGCGACGACGAGCCUUAGCACUUAAGGCUCUUGAUCAAAGGCUCCAGGCAGCCAGUGCAAACAGAGCUCAACCGGCGACGAAUGCUGCGGCAUCUUGUCAGCCCCCACCUCAGUCGACCCCACAAUCGAUGGCUCCGGCUGUUGCUCCCGGUCAGAGUAUGCUGGGUGAAACCAGCUACACUCCUGACCGCGCAUGA